CUUUCUCCACUUUGUCAUUUUCUUCGAAUUACCGUUUUUCUUUGGAGGCACUUUCCGCCCUCGAUCCAUCUUCAACCGUCUCUCCGUGUUCAACUCGCGUUAACGCAGUCAAAGGAGACGAAUCAAAAUCAAAAUUAGGGACCUGUAUAAGAGAUUUGCCACAAGGGUUGGGGGAGAGAGAGAGAGAGGAGAGAGAGAGAGGAGAGCGAAAGGAAAGGGGAGAAGAAAUUCGAAUCGUCAAGCAGCCCACUGGUUUGUUCUAGAGAGAGAGAAGUUUCGUUUUCACAAAAAAAUACAAAAAGGAAGAAAUUAAUUGAAAGUUUAGGUUAUUGAGGUUGAAUUAGGGAUUCGGCGGUGCUGAAAUCGAUCGUUAUCUGGAGAUAUAUUCGAUUGGAAGCAGGAAAUUGUUGUGGCUCAGAUCUUGGGAGUGUUAAAUCCUUUUAAUUUUGAGUCAAAUUGAAAUCAGGAGGUUCUAUUUUUGGGAUUGGAGGAUGUUUGCCGUGAAAAUCGGCGGUUUCUGAUGUGAUAUGGCGCUGUUGUUGCUAUAACAGAGUAAUACGAUGUCGUUUUACAUAGGUCGCGAAGCUUCGAAGUUAUGGAAGAGAUUCUGCGCCGAGGUCACCACAGAAAUAAACCUUCUCGCGGAAAAUUGGAAGUACAUUUUUGGGGGUAUAGUUUUCCAGUACAUACACGGCCUAGCAGCUCGAGGCGUUCAUUAUCUACAUCGGCCGGGACCAGUUCUUCAGGACGUGGGCUUCAUUCUUCUUCCGGAGCUUGGGCAAGACAGAGCAUACAUUAGUGAAAGCGUAUUUACCUGCAUUUUUCUGUCGUUCGUUUUGUGGACUUUCCAUCCGUUCAUACUGAAGAGCAAGAAGAUUUACACUGUCCUCAUAUGGUGCCGAGUCUUGGCCUUUUUAGUUGCUUGUCAAAUUCUCCGUAUUUUAACUUUCUAUUCUACCCAACUUCCCGGUCCGAAUUACCAUUGCCGAGAGGGCUCAAAGCUUGCUACACUUCCUCCACCGAACAGUGCUCUCGAAGUUCUACUUAUUAAUUUUCCCCGGGGAAUCCUUUAUGGCUGCGGCGAUUUGAUAUUUUCUUCCCACAUGAUAUUCAGCCUUGUGUUUGUACGGACGUAUCAUAAGUACGGCACUCGAAAUUUCGUGAAGGCUUUUGCUUGGCUCACCGUCGUAAUUCAAAGUUUACUGAUAGUAGCGUCGCGGAAGCACUACACAGUCGAUGUCGUCGUGGCGUGGUACACUGUUAAUUUAGUCGUGUUCUUUCUCGACAAAAAGCUACCAGAAUUACCCGAUCGCUCAAACGCGGCAUUGUUCCUUCCUUUGACGAAGGACAGCAAGAACAAGGAAGAAAACCAUAAGCUACUUAAUGGGAAUUCCGGCGACGAUUGGCGACCGAGAACUCAAAUCAAUGGCAAGAUCAUGGAAGAUGGGAAUGUUCUGCACGUCGAAGUAGUAAACAGCGCGUAGUCGAUUUACGAAGAACAUUCGAAUCGACUCUGCCGCCGUUACUGCUGCGAUAUCUAAGGUUCGUUCGUCUCGCUCUUUGAUCGAUUCGAGAAAAUGUGAAAAAAAAUUUUAAAAUUUUUUUUUUAAAAAAAAAAAAAAGAAAAAAGGGGAAAGAACUUGUAAUGUAGAUGGUUAUGGUGUCGAGUUUCCUGUUAGAGUAAGAUAAUAUAUGUUGUAUGAUGAAAAUGGAAUUUUCCAGUUGCUCUGCUAAUUGCAUCAAUCCUUUUAAUUUAA